GAAACAGUACAUCAAGGAACAUACAUGCACGCACUACUCGUUAGGGUCAAAGGUCAUUAGCUAUAAAUGGCGCUCACAUUUUUCUGGAGGCGGAGACAUGCUGGACGUGUAGUACAUGUAGAACGUGCCAUGUUGCUUUGCCAAGUGACAGGUGUGUCAGAUAGUGACCCGCUGAGGACAAAAGUUACCUAAGUUUUUCAUCACCAGAUCAGAAAGGGAUUGGCCUUUAGAUAAAAAGGUAUUUGGUGAUGACGAGGCCUCAAAAUUUUCGGUAGGGCACAAUCGCCAUUUUGUCGUCUGCUACUGUGAUGUUGUAACGUUAAUUGGAACAGUUCGUGGAUGUUGUUAAUCGUUACUAUCGCACGCGUUUGGCAUUUAGUUCUCUGAUAACCCAGAGAAAUGAAGAUUCGGUUCGGUCUAGCUGCCUUCAUCGAGGAGGGGUACUCCGUUGCGGUGGUAGGGUCCCUCUCGGCGCUGGGUUCGUGGAACCCCGACGGCAGUCUGCCCUUGCACCCCGUCAUCCCCCCAAAGGCCAAGGAACCGUCCUUCUGGACGUGCGACGUGGACCUGUUUGGGGAAGGUUUACCUGACCGGUUCCAGUACAAGUUCAUCCGGCAGGGCCCUAUAGGAAAGGGGAGUGACGAGAAGGGGGAGGAGGACGUCGUCCCACAGUGGGAGUGGGAGGGGUGCGGGGAGGGGCACAACCGCACCUGGGAAUAUCAACAGGACAAUAUUCUGGGAGGAGUUCACUGCAACCCUGUGGCACGCUGGCAGGAUAAGGCUGGGGAAACUUCAGAGUUUGAUCUAACAACUCGGUUCUUCUUCUACCUCUCGGACAACCAGCUGUUCCACUACAGCGAGAUCCUGGACAAUGUGUGGCUGGGCUCCUGUCCCAGAACUGCUGAGCACAUCACCAAGGACAUGAAACAGGUGAUGGGCACAACUGCUGUGAUGAACUUCCAGAUGGACUAUGACCUCUGGAACAACAGUGCUGACUGCUGCCCACAAGGUGCAGAUGUACCACGCUACAUAUAUGAGGUCUACAGGCAAAAUGGCAUCUCCUAUGUGUGGAUGCCGACAGCUGACAUGUCCACUGAGGGUCGAAUCAAGCUGCUUCCCCAGGCGGUCUAUGUACUACAUGGCCUGCUGAGGUCUGGUCACAAUGUUUAUGUGCACUGCAAUGCUGGGAUCGGUCGGUCGGUUGCUGUUGUUUGUGGCUACCUGAUGUACGUGCUUGGGUGGAGCUUCCGUAAGAUGCAGUAUUAUCUGUGCUCCAGACGACCGGUGUCCUACAUUGAUGAAGUUGCACUGAAUGCAGCUGAAAAGGACUUUGCUGCCAAGUUUGGGCGCCUUCCUGUUGAGUACUGAACUGAGAUACAGAAUUCUGCUGAAGUAAUCUGACUCCAGAUCUUCUGAACUUUCAGUCUCCCUGCUGAAAUCUAAUAUUUCAGGUGCCUUAUUGCUGCUGAUGGACAAAUGUGUUCUGCUGAUGCUUUUAUCAACUUGCCAGUGUAUAGUGCAGAAACAUAUGGGGAUACUUGUCAAAGCACAACAAAUGACAGAGGCAGGUGUUCUGGCAUGUGUGGAAUUUUGCUGUCCAGAUUUACAGCAGGCACUCACGCAUGCACCUGUCUAUCAAUUACCAAGUUUUGACCCCAUCCCUCUGAUACAGGAUGUUUUCUAAGAGAGGCAACUGUGUUUUUAUGAUGACCACUGGCUACUAUUAUGUGCAUUAGGAAAUGAUACUGAUAGUAAAUAUUCUUUUGGGCACAAAAUAUGUGGGAUUGUUCCUUAUCAUUCAUCACACAAUUUUGACUGGUUGUUAUUGUUUCUACAUGCCAAGCCCUCAUGUAAAAUAUGCUUUUGUUGGUAAGCAAAUAUAUAUUUGUACAGGACAGUGAGCCACAUGCAGAUUUGAUAGUUUAACACAAUGGUCAGUGCCUGUAAAAGAAGACAUGUCACAAUCGUGUGUGAAAUAAAAUGUCUGCAGCACAUUGAUUUAUUGUACCAAACCUCA